AUGAUGAGACGCAGGCUGUUGCUGUACAGCCAAGCAGCAGUCGUCCUCUUGCUUUUCAUCUAUCUAUUCGUGAGCUAUGACAGCUUCAGCUCCGGCCUUGACAUCUCGCACUAUUCAGAUUCAUGGCGGACAGGCAAACAAAUAGCAGACAAUGGCGACAAGAAGGCACAAGUCCAGCUCCCUGCUCCGACGAAGACUUCUCCGAUUGCUGGGAAGAGUAGCCCAACUGCGAUUGAGCGACCAAAGGAAAAGGUGACAACCGAGCCGACAAGUGAGGACAAGCCACAAGAAGAUGUAAAGGAAGACAAGCAUAUCUCGCACGAGCAAGAAGACGCUGCAGACAAGGAUAAGGGGCCAAAUGAAGAAAACAACCAAGACAAAGCAAACACAGAGCUGAUGAUCAAAGCCCGGGAAUAUGCCCGUGCCAUCAUGGACCCAGCCGACACCAGCGUCCCACGAAUGGCCUGCCCAGCAGUGAACAGCACCCGAUACGAGCACCUCACAGUGUCGAGGUGGGAUCGCAAGCACAAGUACUUCAUCGCCCUCGACCUGCGCAAGGUGAUGGACCUCAUGCCCCGGCUCAUGGGCUCUGUGGUCGAGGCCAUCCGCUUCCUCGGCCCCCGACAUACCGCCCUGUCCAUUGUCGAGGGCAACUCGGACGACGGCACCGCCGAGGUCCUGGCCCUGCUCAAGCCCGAGCUCGAGGCGCUCGGCGUCGAGUACUUCCUCGUCAACAGCGCCAUCGACCCCAAGGACGGCGGCCGCAUCGAGAAGCUCGCCCAGCUGCGGUCGCAGGCCCUCGAGCCGCUGCGCAACAGCCGCAACGCAACAGCCGCGGCCCUCGCGCUGCCGGGCUCGUCGCUGUCGUUCGCCGACGACGCGACCGUCAUCUUCAUCAACGACGUGGCCCUCUGCGCCGAGGACAUCCUCGAGCUGGCGCACCAGCGCGUGGCGCAGGGCGCCGACAUGACGUGUGCGAUGGACUGGGCGUACCUCAGCGGGCUGGACGAGCCGCCCGCCUUCUACGACGUCUGGGUCGCGCGCGGCAUCACGGGCGACACCUUCUUCGAGAUCCCCGACGACGGCAGCUGGGCCCACGCGCUGCGGCCCUUCGAGCGCGACCCCCCGACGCUGGCGCGCCUCGCCGCGCACCGCCCCUUCCAGGCGUUCGCGUGCUGGAACGGCGCCGUGACCUUCGCCGCGCGCCCCGUCCUCGAGCGCGCGCUCGACUUCCGCGUCAGCGCCAAGGGCGAGUGCUUCCAGGGCGAGCCGCAGCUGUUCUGCAAGGACAUGUGGUGGCACGGGUACGGCAAGAUCGCCGUCGUCCCUAGCGUCAACCUCGAGUACACGGACGAGAGGGGCCGGCACAUCAAGCAGGACAAGGGGUACGCGAGCAACUGGACGGCGGUGGAGGACGAGGGCGACUUGCCGUUGCGGAUCGACUGGGCGGGACCGCCGGACAUGGUGAAGUGCAUGCCCAGCUUCGAUAGACAGAGCUGGCUGCCGUGGAACGAGUCCUUGGCGUGA